AAAUAUUAGUGUGGUUUUGACAGUCUCUCUUUCCAUUUGUUUAUUUCACUCGCGUUAAAACUCAACGGCGCAUAACGUUCACAAUAUGCGGUGGUCACAGAAUGUGGUUUAACACCAGGGUGUCGCUCCUGUGGCUCAACGGGAAACGAGCUUCUGAACUGCAGUUUGUGUCAGAAAAACCUUUCAGCGUUUUCCAAACAAACCGUGUAAGUUCAGUAAUGCUGUUCCAUUCACAUGUUAGCUAAAUUAUGCUAAGCUUGUUAGCAAGAUUGCUAAUGUUGACGUCACUGGUAGGCGUAGCCUGCGGCGCAGUGGUUGAUGGGAUAUGAGCGCCAUCUUGAAGGGCAACAAAUAAUAUCCAUCGAAAAAAAACUUUCUCUCAGAUUUAAGAAGGUUGGAAUGAUUUAACGAUGGUUCGGACCUGUUGUGUUGUUGGCUGUAACGUCCGGUCACACGACCGGAGUGGUAAGAAGAUAGAAAACGGACUUUCGUUUCAUUGUUUUCCUGCCUGGAAACAACGUGAGGGAGAACAUGUAGCUGAGCUAACUAAAAGAAGACGACUGGCCUGGAUAUCAGCAGUAAAACGUCCUGAUAUAAACUUCUCCAAGAUUCCGAGAUAUAUGCAAGUUUGUUCCAAACAUUUCCAUUCUGGCAAACCUGCAUAUGAAAUGGAUGAGCAGAAUCCAGACUGGGUUCCAACUCUGUUGAUGGAUAUGUCGACAUCAGACCGACGUUGUGGUCGAUUAAAGAGGCGCUGCAGCGGUGCAGCUGAAGACAAGGCAGCGAUGGACAUGUCGCAUCGACAAGUGGAAAAUCAGGUUCCAGUGACUCCAUCAGAAACCCCAGAAGAGCCAAAUAAUCAACACGCAGCGGUACAAACUGUAAAAGAGGAGUCAGCUGGAGAGGAGCUGUGUGAGGCUGCAGGUCAGGAAGAUGAAUAUGAACCAGCAGCAAAAAGGCAACAAAUCAAAUGUGAGCUGUGUGAAGAGAGGAUGGCAGAAGUAAACCGUCUGUUACAGGAGAACAGGGAGCUCAGGUCUGAGCUCAACAAAAAACAUCCUGCCGAAAAUUUUUUUACGGACGACACAAAAAAGGUCACAUAUUACACAGGACUUCCUUGCUUAGCCGUUUUGUUGUCGUUGUUUAACACCAUUAUGCCUUUUCUGCCAGCAUCACAAACUCUUUCACAAUUUCAAAUGGUUGUGCUGACACUGAUGCGUCUUAGACUUGAUCUGCCUGUUCAGCAUCUUUGCCAUCUAUUCAAUGUGUCACACAAAACUCUGUCUGAUAUCUUUGCUGACACCCUAGAUGUGCUGUACACACACUUUAAGCCGGUAGUGAGCUGGCCCGAGAGGCACUGCUUACAAGCCGCCAUGCCGCCUCAGUUUUUGAAAUCAUUUGGAAAGCGUGUGGCGAUUAUUGUUGACUGUUUCGAAAUAGGCACAGAAAAGCCGUCAAAUUUGAAAGCAUGCGCACAGUCCUUCUCUCAGCACAAAGGCAGACACACAAUGAAAUACCUCGUUGGUAUCACGCCGCAUGGUUCCGUUUCUUUUAUUUCUAAUGGAUGGGGCGGGCGUGCAUCAGACAAGUACGUAGCAGAAAACUGUGGCAUUCUUUCCAAUUUAUUACCUGGCGAUAUUGUGUUAGCUGGCAGAGGCUUUGAUAUUAAAGACAGCGCGGGAAUGAUGUGCGCCGAGGUCAAAAUGCCGUCGUUCACUAAAGGGAGAGGUCUGCUCGAUGUUAAAGAUGUCGAAGACACACAAGCUGUAGCUCACCUCAGGAUCCAGGUGAAAAGAGUGAUCGGUUGCAUGAGAAACAAAUACCAGAUGUUACACAGAACUGUGCCAAUAAGUUUGCUGCUCACAUGUGAGGGAGAAGAGACGACACUUCUUGAUAAGAUUGUGUAUGUGUGCUACAGUUUGGAGAACACGGUUGCUAAAGAAACCUUCACAUGUUAAUAUGUAAAACAUAGACUGGGAAAAAAUAAGUUUGCUGCACUCAUUGUUUUGAAAUAUUUGUAGCAGCUGGCAGUACUGUUUAAUGCAAAAAUGUACAUUGUGAAAAUAUGCAUUUGCACAAAUUGUUUUUUGUUGAAAUAUUUGUAUAGUUGAAUACUAACAUGGAGUUGACUGAUUUCUGUUAUUUAAUAAAGAUUCAUGUGAACAUU